GACUGGACGCGGUCAGAUUGCUUGAACAUUUUGAGGAUAUUAUUUUCCUCAAGCUGAAUAUUUGUGUGGAAUACUAUUUGUUCACAUUGUAUCAAGGCCAUAUUGUGUUUUGACGUUUUUAAUCCCAGGAUGGGUCACAAAGGAAUCUCGGUGACAGGUCUGGUCUGCAGCGUUGCUUUCCUUCUUCUACCGCUGCACUCCGCCUAUGGAGACGUGAGCUAUUCUUUUCCGGAGGAGAUGAAACGCGGAUCUGUUAUUGGAAAUAUAGCCAAAGAUCUCGGGCUCGUGGCGAGCAGACUUUCCGCUCGUAAGGCCCGUGUUGAUCCCGAUGGGAACCGUAAACGUUACUGUGACAUUAAUCUGAGUACCGGAGAUCUGAUUGUUGCGGAGAGAAUUGACAGAGAGGGGCUUUGUGGCCAAAAGGCUUCGUGUGUUUUAAAACAAGAACUUGUAUUGGAGAGUCCUUUGGAGGUGCAACAUAUUAGUCUUCAUGUUCAAGAUAUAAAUGAUAAUUCUCCGCAAUUUAAGGACGAAGUGAUUAAAAUUGAAAUUAGUGAAUCAGCAGUCAAAGGCGUUCGUUUUUCUCUAGAUGAGGCCCAUGACGCUGACAUAGGAAAGAAUACGGUUCAGAGUUAUACACUACAAAGAAAUGAACAUUUUAUUUUGAAUGUCAAAACCAAAAGUGGUGGACGCAAAUACAGCGAGUUAGUGUUAGACAAAGAGCUAGACCGCGAGGGGCACCAUGAAAUCAAGUUAUUACUUACAGCGAUGGACGGAGGCUCUCCGCAGAGAUCAGGUACUGUAGUCAUACACGUCACUGUACUGGAUGCUAACGAUAAAGCCCCAGUGUUUAGCCAGGCCAUCUACAAAGCCAGUCUGCCUGAAAACUCUCCUUUAGAUACUGUAGUGGUUACAGUGAGUGCAACGGAUGCAGAUGAGGAAUUGAAUGAGGUGGGCAUCAUUAACGUGCAGGAUAGAGACUCUGAGAAUAACCGACAGGUCCGCUGCUCCAUUCAGCAAAACCUUCCCUUUAAGCUGGUGCCAUCCAUCAAAAACUACUAUUCUCUGGUGACCACGGGCGAACUGGACCGGGAACUGGUGUCUGAUUACAACAUUACAAUCACUGCCACCGACGAGGGCUCUCCACCUCUGUCCUCCUCUAAAAGUGUUCAGGUAUCUGUAGCUGACGUCAACGACAACCCACCUGUGUUUGAGGAACAAUCAUAUAAAGCCCACGUGACUGAAAAUAACAAACCCGGUAACUCCGUGUGUUCCGUUACUGCACGGGACCCAGACUGGAGACAGAACGGAACAGUGAUUUAUUCUCUCUUACCCGGUGAGGUGAACGGUGUUCCGGUGUCCUCGUUUUUAUCCGUUAACGGAGACACGGGGGUGAUCCACGCUGUGAGGUCGUUUGAUUAUGAGCAGUUCAGGAGUUUUAAAGUCCACGUGGUGGCCAGAGACAACGGUUCUCCUCCGCUCAGCAGCAACGUCACGGUCAGUGUGUUCAUAACAGAUGUGAAUGACAACUUUCCUCAAAUACUAUAUCCCGCCCCGGAGGGGAAAUCCUUCAUGACGGAGCUGGUCCCCAAAGUUGCACACGGGGGCUCUCUGGUUUCCAAGGUGAUUGCGGUGGACGCGGACUCUGGCCAGAACGCCUGGCUGUCCUAUCAUAUAGUCAAAUCCACUGAUACGGGACUUUUCACUAUUGGUCUCCACAGCGGAGAGAUCAGGACACAGCGGGACAUUUCUGAAUCUGACAGCAUGAAACAGAACCUCAUUGUGUCAGUGAAGGAUAACGGACAGCCCUCUCUCUCUGCCACCUGUACCAUGUAUUUAGUGAUUUCUGAUAACAUGGCUGAAGUGCCCGAACUGAAAGAUGUCUCUUAUGAUGAGAACAAUUCCAAACUCACCUCUUAUCUGAUCAUCGCGCUGGUGUCCGUUUCCACCUUUUUCCUCACCUUCAUUAUUGUCAUCCUGGCCGUGAGGUUUUGCCGCAGGAGAAAGCCCAGACUGUUCUUUGAUGGAGCGGUCGCCAUUCCCAGCGCGUAUCUCCCUCCUAACUACGCAGAGGGGGACGGAGUGGGAACCCUCCGCAGCACUUACAAUUAUGACGCAUACCUGACGACAGGUUCGCGCACAAGUGACUUCAAGUUCGUCACAUCUUACAGUGACAACACACUGCCUGCGGACCAGACUCCGAGAAAAACUCCAACAGACUUUGCUGAAGAACUUGGCGAUUCCAACGGGUCCCUCCCAGAGAUUUGCCCUUGA